ACACUCACAGUACUCCUCUCACCCUGUUGACAACUCGUCUGACAUUCCUCCGACAAUGCUGCGAACUGUUGCUCUUCUCCUCUUAUGUGUGUCCGCUGGUGUGUGCGCCACUUUGGGCAACUACCAGUCCACAGCACAGGAAAAGGAGGAAGCUACUGCAGUGGAUCCACAAGACACCCUCGUAGAAGACAUCGUACACAACCAACAACUCCAUGAAGUGUUUCACAAAACAGCUGACAAACUUGAGGGUGCCAGCGCUCCAGUUGGAAGCACACAAAGGCCUCCUGAAGAUGCGGAGCUUAAUGGUGAAGCCCAGCAGCAGCCUUCUGAGGAGGUGGAAGAGAGUAAUGAGAUAAAGGCUGUCCAGGUUAAACAGUCCUUGAACAUUUCCUCACCUGGUGACGACAAUAACGGAUGGAGCCUCAACUCAAUUAGGAGCAGCUUUCAAACGAUGCAUGGCUACUUUGACUCCCUGGUGGAGCUGGUGGGGGGGCACAAUGGAGUGUGUCAGUACCGCUGCAGAUAUGGGGAGCAUCCUCAGCCCCGCCCUGGCUACAAGCACCAAGAACCUAACGGCUGCAGCUCCUCUAUGGUGGGAUUCCAGCUCGAUCUGGGCAUCCCUGCCAUGACGGAGUGCUGUAACCAACUUGAUGUGUGCUACGACAACUGCGGCGUGAAUAAGUAUGACUGUGACACCAACUUUCGCUCUUGUCUUCACAACAUUUGCUCUGACCUGAAGAGAAGUCUUGGAUUUGUAUCCAAAGUACAAGCCUGUGAGUCAAUGGCAGAUGCCCUGUACAACACAGUGUGGACUCUUGGAUGCCGGCCUUACAUGAACAGCCAGAGGGCAGCAUGUGUGUGUGAGGGAGAGGAGCGGGAUGAACUGUGACACUGAACACUUUGGACAAAUCACUAUCAUGAGAACAUUUCAUUUCAUGGAAUUACAACAAAUAAGAGUGGAAGAUUCCAUAAUGAGCUACUUGUAUACUCUCCACUAUGCAUCAGGACAGUUGUUAGGCCUGUAUGACUCCAUCAGCAUCCAUUUAAUAACUUCAAACAAUGUUUUUUUAAUGGGCAUAACAUAAGAGUAGAAUGCUUAAGAUAAUAAACAAUAUUAAGUUAUUUAUUUAUGAAUGCAUGUAACCACAGACUACUAACUAAUACUGUAUAUGUCUUGACAACAUGUUGUAGAUGUUACAUAUGACCUUAAUAACCUUCAUAUCAGUGUCACUUACUAGCAUGUCUGUAUAUGGUGCUGAGAUGACCUCUGACCUCUCUGUGUGGGCUCUCUGGAUGGGGGGGGGGUCCAAACUUUUUCCAGCAAUGGCCACAUACUGAGAAAUUAAAGGCAAAGUUGAUGUUUUGUAAAGCAAGACAUGUCGAUAUGCUAAGAAGUUAUAUAUAUUUAAAGAAAAAACUGCAUCCCAGCUUUGUGAAAUA